AGCUGGCGCCGCUAACGAACCAAACGCAGCAGGCACGUAUAAAUGCGUAUAAAAGCGUAUCGCUGAAAGAAAAAAAAAACAGAAGAAGAAGACGCAUAUAACGCGGAAGCAGUGAUGGCAUCUCGCCGGGCAUUAAAAGCCGUGCUGAUAGAUUUGAGUGGGACUCUUCACAUCGAGGACGUGGCCGUACCCGGAGCUCAGGAAGCACUCGCAAGGCUGCGCUGCGCUCAAGUAGCUGUCAAAUUUGUUACAAACACCACGAAGGAGUGUAAGAGGACGCUGCUCGAACGGCUGCAGCGUCUCAGCUUCGACAUCGAAGAGCGCGAGAUCUUUACCUCACUGACCGCAGCUCGAAACCUGUUAGAGCACAAGGAGGUGCGCCCCCUGCUGCUGGUGGAGGAUAGCGCACUGGAGGACUUUGCAGGAAUAGAAACCUCAGAACCUAACGCUGUCGUGAUUGGCUUAGCACCUGACCAUUUUAACUAUGAAAUGCUCAAUAGAGCUUUCAGACUAAUUAUAGACGGCGCUCCACUUAUCGCUAUCCAUAAAGCCCGUUACUACAAGAGGAAAGACGGCCUGGCGUUGGGACCGGGACCAUUUGUGACCGGUCUGGAGUAUUCCACUGACACAAAGGCCAUUGUAGUGGGCAAACCAGAGAAAACCUUUUUCCUGGAAGCGUUGCGAGAUCUGAACUGCAGCCCGGAGGAGGCUGUGAUGAUCGGAGACGAUGCUCGAGAUGAUGUAGGAGGAGCGCAGAACACAGGAAUGCUGGGAAUAUUAGUCAAAACUGGGAAAUACAGAGCAGGUGAUGAAGAUAAAAUCAACCCACCCCCUCACCUGACCUGUGAGAACUUCCCUGAAGCUGUUAGUCACAUCCUUCAACAUCUGAUCUCUUAAUUACCUGUGUGAUGCUGUUUAAAGAUGAGAAAGAUAUGUAUAUACAGUAUGUGAGCUCAACGUCUGCUGAACUUCUGCUGGUGGACUGGAAUACUGCUGGAGUUUUAAAUGUCGUUUCUGUGCAGACUCCAGACCAAUGUUCUGAAUAAAAACUUCUUUUGAUCCUGUCUGUA